AUGGGGGACUACACCUCAAGUGGAGGGGACUUUGAGGCUCUAAUUGAGGAUGAAGCUAAGAGGCCACACCAAUGGGUCAACAAGCUGCAAAAAGGCUGCAAGCUGCCCAAAGAAAAGUCUCCAAUAUUUGAUGAGCUUCUUGAAGGCCGAAGCCCUAACAUACAAUACACAAUAAAUGGAACAUUGUACAAUUUAGGAUACUAUCUAGCAGAUGAUAUCUACUCUGAGUGGUCGGUUUUUGUCAAAUCUAUUCCUCGAGCUAACAUGCUCUCUGAGAAAAGGAAACGAUUUGCCCAAUUUCAAGAAGGCGCGAGAAAGGAUAUUGAACGAGCAUUUGGAGUCCUCCAAAAGAGAUUCACAAUUGUAUGUAAUCCAGCACAUUUGUGGAAAAAAAGUGAAGUAGGGAAUGUCAUGAAAGCAUGCAUUAUAUUGCAUAAUAUGAUCAUUGAAGAUGAAAGAGAUGAUAACUACGAAAUGAAUCCACCAAGAGAUAUCCAAUACUCUAUAACAGUGUGA